AUGCAAGAAGCCCGGAAUGGGAAGGACCUGGAAGCAGACGAGGAAGAGGAGCUGGAUGAACUGGGAGGCAUCAAUGAGAGAUUAAUACGGCAACACAAGCUCCCGCUCUCGGCCCAGUCUGCCUUCAGCUACAUCCCACCCCGGCGCAAGGACCCCCCUGAGCUCAGCUAUUUUCACCAGGAGAGCAAGGAAGGGAUCCUCUCCCUGUACGACUGCAUCUUUAAGAGACCCAUCGGCUACGACAAACGGCUUCACCGCUGUGACCGAGAACAUGCCAAAAGCAGAGGACUGCGCAUCAGUGACGAGGAAAAAGCGAGGCCUACAGCUGUCCUGUCCUCCUCCGAAUAUGGACGGCACAUAGACCAGCCUGUGGAAGAGCUGAUCCGAGAUCACGCGCGCAUUAACCGUGUGCAGGCAGAGUUCUACAGGAAGAACGGAAUAGCCUGCUUGGUGGAAAAAUCCUCCGGAAGCAUCGAUCCAGUCUAAGCUUGGCAGCUGGUAACAAUUAAGGU